GACUGCUGAGGAGACGGCGGAGCAUCUAUGUGGUCCGCCUGACACUUGAUCGAGGGGAGAGAUGCGCCCUCAGCAGCCGCUGUGAGGACGGGAAGGGAAGGGCAACGGGGAACACAUGAAUCUCAAUCCAGACUCCAGUCUACCUGCGUUUGGACUUCUUUGCUUCGUUUUGGUUUGCCCCCCCUCGUGCAGAAGCCGUUGGUGGAGGAGAGGCUCGAACUGAUUUCUGACCAGCUGCGUAAGAAGAAGAAGACCACACAUUGUUGACGGGCUUUAUGUCGCGCGCUGGGGUUUUCUCAUCACUGGAGCGCCGCACUUGAUGGAAAUAUAGAAAAAACAUUCUGCUUCAAGGACUGUGAUGGUCAAAGCGGGUAGGAAUGGAGCAGGCUGUGGACUGUGGAAGAUAGUCACGACAAUCAAUGAGGACAUCCAUCUUUAAAGAAAGAGCUGAUUUUUCAUGGAAUCCUACAAAUGUGCUCAACUUUGUCCCUGAAUCCUUUGAGCUAUAAUAUCAAUCCGUCCAUUUUUCUUUUUUCCCCCUCCCAUUUUCUUGGGUCUGCCUGACUGCAGCCUCAGCCGCGAACCUUGACACCACCAGGCAGCAUUGAGUGAUUGGUCAUUACUUCCAAGGGCGUCCACACAGCAAGACAAAAAAACCCCAGGGAGCCCCGCUGCAGUUGGUGGUGGCGGUGGCAGGGGCGGUGAGUCAAUCGCCUCAGCAGCUGCAGCAAAUGAUUCAUUAUUUGUAAAGUUAAGAGCUCAGACCACUUAAUCUACAAGGACCAAUUUCUUACUGGAGGGAAUCGGUCCAAUAUGAAGGACGUGUCGUUUGUGGAUCGUCUCUUUGUUGGCUUGGCCAUGGCCUCUUUUGUUUUGGCCACAGAGGAGAGGCCAGAUUGCCCAAAGCUUUGCGUGUGUGAGAUUAGACCCUGGUUUUCUCCAAGUUCGGUGUACAUGGAAGCACAGACAGUUGACUGUAAUGACUUGGGACUCUUUAGCCUGCCAGAGAAACUACCACUGGGCACACAAGUACUAUUAUUGCAAACAAACAACGUUGCUAAAAUAAACCAACCCUUGGAUUACCUGGCCAACAUCACAGAGAUUGAUCUGUCCCAAAACAACUUAUCCUCCAUCAGUGACGUCCAUCUGGGGAAUCUUCCCCAGCUGCUUUCACUUCAUCUGGAGGAAAACUGGAUAGGAGAGUUGCCAGAACAAUGUCUCGCUGAGGUCCCCAGCCUUCAGGAGCUUUACAUAAACCACAACCUCAUCUCCUCAAUUUCCCCGACGGCUUUCCAGGGUCUCAGCAACCUUGUUCGGCUCCACCUCAAUUCAAACAAGCUGAAGGUGAUUCAAAGAGAUUGGUUUGAACCCAUGCCAAAUCUUGAGAUCCUGAUGAUUGGUGAGAACCCUGUGCUUUCUAUUGAUGAUAUGAACUUUAAACCUCUCAGUAAUCUCCGCAGCCUUGUUCUUACCAGAAUGAACCUGUCCCAACUUCCUGACGAUGCACUGACUGGACUUGAUAACCUAGAAAGCAUCUCUUUCUAUGAUAACAUUUUCCCUGAGGUGCCUCAUUCUGCUCUUCGAAAUGCUAAAAAUCUAAAAUUUUUGGAUCUGAAUAAAAACCCAAUUGCGAGGAUACAGAGAGGAGACUUUGUGGAUAUGCUCCAUUUAAAAGAACUGGGGAUUAACAGCAUGCCAGAGCUAGUUUCCAUCGACAGCUUUGCCCUAAAUAACCUCCCUGAGCUGACAAAAAUAGAAGCCACCAACAAUCCUAAACUCUCCUACAUCCAUCCUAAUGCUUUCUACAAACUACCCCAUCUGGAAACCCUAAUGCUUAAUGGGAAUGCGCUCAGUGCUCUCCACAGGAUUACUGUCGAGUCCCUCCCAAAUCUCAGAGAAGUUAGCAUGCACAGUAACCCCAUCCGCUGUGACUGCGUAGUCCGCUGGAUGAACAUGAACAAAACCAACAUUCGCUUCAUGGAGCCGGAUUCACUCUACUGUGUGGAGCCUCCAGAGUACGAGGGCCAGCAUGUCCGACAGGUGCACUUCAGGGAGAUGAUGGAGAUUUGUCUGCCACUCAUCUCUCCCGAAAGCAUGCCUGGGCAUAUUAAAGCAAAGAAUGGGAGCUCUGUGUCACUCCAUUGUCGGGCCUUUGCUGAACCAGAACCAGACAUCUACUGGAUCACUCCAUCUGGUACCAGAGUCCUGCCCAACACUGUAUCUGACAAGUUCUACAUGCACCCAGAGGGAACUUUUGACAUCUAUGAUAUAACAGAAAAUGAAGCUGGUCUUUACACUUGUGUUGCCCACAAUCUGGUUGGAGCUGAUCUUAAAUCUGUUUCAGUGGAGGUGAAUGGAUAUUUUCCCCGACCUGAAAACGGCUCUCUGAAUGUGAUAAUCAAAUCAGUGGAGAUAGACUCAAUCCUGGUUUCAUGGAAAGCAGGUCCCGGCACCCUGGCCUCCAACAUUAAAUGGUUCACAGUGACAGAUCCUAAUCGUCCCACCACAGCGUUCACCACCAGGGUCCCUUCUGACAUUCAGGUCUACAACCUCACCCAUCUCAGCGCCGCAACUCACUACAAAGUAUGUGUGGAUGUUCGUGGCAUCCACUACAACCAUGACACCAAAUGUGUCAAUGUCACCACUAAGGGAUUAGAGCUGGCAGUCAAGGACACAGAAAAAUGGGACGCAGCAGUAAUCACCGUCUUUGGUGUGCUCUUGGCAGUGAUUUCAGUGGCAUGCCUGCUUAUUUAUGUGUCUCUGAGGAACCACCACCUUUAUGGGGAUAUAAGGAAAUGCAAUUCCAAAGCUUCACUGACACCAGUGGAAGCCACUGGUAUGCACUCUCCUUUCUUUACAAAGCUGUGGGUUUCGGGUAAGGGACUGCCAAGUGGAGUGGAAGUGAAAGCAACAGUGAUAAAUGUAUCUGACAAUGCCUUUUAGGAGUGCAAGCUUUGUAGAGCACCUCACACCAACUACACUGAACGGACAAGGCAAUGGGCAGGGGGGGGGUUGGACGGUGUGUGGUACUGUUUCAAAGGCAUACCCAUUGCUGGUCCCCCCAGCUCAGCUACAUUGGCAAAACUAUAAUGGGACUGGGAUGGAACAGUUAAAAAUAGACUACAUACCCUCCCAGUUUCAACCCUAGCUGAAGUGGUGGCUUUGUAAUCGCUAACAUCAACAGGAAGGGGCAUUUACUGCAAAAAGAUAUAUUUCAGUACCAUUCAUACAAAAGUGCAGGCAGAGGAAAAAGGAAGUGAAGCUGACGAUGAUGAUGAUGAUGAUGAUGAUGAUGAUGAUGAUGAUGAUGAUGGUCAACUCUCUUGUAAUUGACUGUUAAAUGUGUUAAGAGUUGUGGAACUGUCCGUGUGGUCCCAAGCAAUACCGUCUGUGCUUUGUAAAACCUCCAUAGACGAGUUAGAGAUACAGAAAUAACACCUGUCUAUAACGGGAAGGAGAUUUAGUAGAGUAGACAAAUAACAGUGACUAUGGUGUAAGCCUUUUGAUGAAAUAUACCCCCCUUUUUCUAUUUAAAAAUGGAUUCUUGAUUUUUCAUGGAAAUAUUGUUAUAUAUUCUAUUAUGUUGAUGUAAUGACAAAUCCUCUGUGUCUGAACAGUUUAAAUGGGUUUUAAAUUGAGGCAAGGAGCAGACUACUUUUGAUUACAACGUCACAUUAAGCUUAAUGAAAUUCAGCUACAAAAUGAGUAUCUAGAGAGGACAUUUGCCAAAUGGCUGUUUAUGCUGUGUAGUUCUCAUUGCAACGGUGACUUGGAAAUUAUGAUGCGCUGGACUAAAACAAAUUUAACAGGUUGAUUAAAGCUGAGGUGAUUGAUGUGUUGUCUCCUCAAGAAGUGGUCUGUUAUGCCCUGGUAAGUGCCUACAACAAGAACUACAUGCGGUAAACAGAGAAGAAGAAGAGACACGUCAGCCACAGCAAAACACGGCCAUUUCAUCAUUGCAGGAUCACAAGCUCUUCUCUUCUCCAGUACUUUUAGUGGAAAUACUUUCUCAGUAUUUUUAGCAUACAUAUUUUAAGAAAACAUUUCGUUGUUGCUUUGGAUGUAAAGUUAAAAAGCCAUUUUUAUAUUAACUGUACUAUAUGUGAUCAAUGGGCACAACAGACUAAUUAAGAAAAGUGCUAAGAAAAAAAAUAAAUGUCAUUGUUUCUUUUAC